AUGCAUAGAUCUUUAGUUUUUUUCAUCAUUGGUUUUCUUAUAUCUACAACAAAUGGAUUUUAUAGUUCAAAUGAUGAUGUUAUUGAACUUGAUCCAUCAAAUUUUGAUCGUCUUGUUAUGCAAAGUUCUGAUUUAUGGUUUGUCGAAUUUUAUGCACCAUGGUGUGGUCAUUGUCAAAAUUUAGUACCCGAAUGGAAACGUGUUGCAACAGCAUUGAAAGGCAUUGUUAAAAUUGGUGCUGUCGAUGCUGAUACACAUAAAUCACUUGGUCAACAAUAUGGAAUAUCAGGUUUUCCAACAAUAAAAAUCUUUGGAAGUAAUAAACGAUCACCAACAAAUUAUCAAGGUGGACGAACAGCUGAUGCUAUCGUUGAACAAGCACUUAGUCAAUUAAGAACAAUUGUUAAUGAACGAUUGGGUAAACGAACUGGAGGUGGAAGUAGUGGAAGUGGAAGUGGAAGUGGAAAUGAAGGAAAAGGCACAAUUGAAUUAACAGAUAGUAAUUUUGAUUCAACAGUUAUCGAUUCGGAAGAUAUGUGGCUUGUUGAAUUUAUGGCUCCAUGGUGUGGUCAUUGCAAGAAUUUAGCACCUGAAUGGGCUCGUGCUGCAAUAGAACUUAAAGGUAAAGUUAAAUUAGGUGUUGUUGAUGCAACUGUUCAUACACAAUUGGCACAACGAUAUGGAAUCCAAGGUUUUCCAACAAUAAAAUUUUUUCCAUCUGGUAGAAAAGAUGGUCAAGCUGAAGAAUAUGAUGGUGGACGAACAUCAAGUGAUAUUGUUGCAUGGGCAUUAGAUAAAUUUCAAGCAAAUGUUCCAGCACCGGAUGUUCUUGAAAUAACAAAUCAAGCUGUUUUAGAUGAUAAUUGUGCUGAAAAACAAUUAUGUAUAAUAUCAUUUUUACCAAAUAUUCUCGAUUGUCAAUCAACAUGUCGUAAUGAACAUUUAACAAUGUUAAAAAAUUUUGCUGAAAAUUAUAAACGUAAUCGUUGGGGUUGGUUAUGGGUUGAAGCAUUUCGUCAACAAAAACUUGAAGAUGCUGUUGGUAUUGGAGGUUUUGGUUAUCCAGCACAAGUUGCUAUUAAUACACGUAAAGGAAAAUAUGCUGUUUUAAAAGGUGCAUUUAGUCAAACUGGCAUAAGUUCAUUUUUAAAAGAAUUAUCAGCUGGUCGUUUAACAAGUCCACUUGUACCAUUAAAUGGUGUAGCUGAAGGUAAAUUACCAACAAUUAUUGAUAGUGAACCAUGGGAUGGUCAAGAUGGAAAAUUGGAUUUUGUUGAAGAUAUUGAUCUUAGUGAUGUUAAUUUGGAUGAUGAUGAUGAUGAUGAUGAUAAUAAAACGAAUCGUACAAACCAUUCUUCAAGUAUUCAGGUAAUCAAUUACCGAUGUCCAAAGUUCUUUCAAAAUAAUUUUAUUUUAAUUAUGCAAUCAUUAUCUGUUUAUGCUCGAUUAUUUGCACGUGCUAUAAGUAGUACAGAAGCUGAACAUAUUCUUUUUAAUGGUUUAUUACGUUUAUCAUCAUCCACUGUUCAUACAACACAAACUUCCAAUAAUCUUGCUAUAACAUAUCCAUCAACAGCAAUUAAACAUGCUGUACAUCUAGUCACUGUUUCAUCGGGUUAUUCAAGUCAUGAUAAUAAUGAAUAUGAAUGUAUAAUACAAACAAAACGACGAAAUUCUUUAAUAGAACAAAAAUCACAUCCAUCGAAUGUUUAUGGUGAUGAUGCUUUUUUUAUAACAAAACAUCGUCUAGGAGAUUUUCUUGGUGUUGCCGAUGGUGUUGGUGGUUGGCGUGAACAUGGUAUUGAUCCAUCAUUAUUUUCACGUUCAUUAAUGGAUGCAUGUAAAUCAUUAAUUGAUAAUAAACUUAUUGAUUUAAAUCCAUCAACAUUAAAAGAAUUAUUAUCCAAAGGUUAUAAACAAUUAUUAGAAGAUAAACAAUGCAUUAUUGGAAGUAGCACAGCAUGCAUUGUUGCAUUACAUAACGAAGAAAGAAUAUUACAUACAGCUAAUUUAGGUGAUAGUGGUUUUGUUGUUAUAAGAAAAAAUACAAUUGUACAUCGAUCACAAGAACAACAACAUUAUUUUAAUUCACCAUUUCAAUUAGCUAUUCAUCCAACAGUUAAAGAUCCACGUUUAAUCGCUGAUAGUCCUGAUUUAGCAUCAGUGACAUCAUUUCAUGUUGAAGAAAAUGAUUUUAUUGUUAUUGCAACAGAUGGUCUAUGGGAUAAUUUACCUGAUGCUACAAUACUUGCAGAAAUAAAACAAAUUAAAGUAAGUUAG